UUUCGAUAUUUCCUCGGCUCAAGUAAAACAUAAUAAAAAUUAAGCAUGUAAAGCAAAUACAACAGUGAAAAAGUCAUACAAAAAACAAUGAACAAGAAAGAUAUAGCAACAAACAAUAAUAUGAUAACCGAAGCAAAAGAGACAAUAGGUAAUACUACAUCCCGUCUCAAUUUGUAUGUUGUAGUUUGACUUGACAUAUAGUUUAAGAAAGAUUUAUAUUUAUGGUUUAAAAUAAGUAACGAAUGUUUGUGGGGUUAUAGAUCUUUUUUUGGGGGGUAAACAAAGGAAUUUUAUUGAUACCAAAGUGUGUCUUCUACAAAACCAGACAUGAGUUGAGCUCUUGCCUCUCAGAAUUGAAACAAAACCGAUCUAUAGCUAAACUUUCCUAUCUAUUACAUCUUCUACCUCUUGCUUCUCAGAAUUGAAACAAAAUCAAUCUAUAGCUAAACUUUCCUAUCUAUUACAUCUUCUAUUAUCAAAUACAAGUUCCUAAGGAAUAUUGUUCAGUCCAUUGUGUUUUUCUUUUGCCUACAAUGUAAACAUGCACUGCAAAUUCCUUGUACAACUUGUCAGCAUAGAAUUGGCCAGCUUGGAAUCUAAGGUGAUUUCUUUCUCUCCAAAUUAUAGCAACCUGCAUACUAAAUACACAGCUGAUGAUGGCACCCAUUUCUGACUUCUUUUUUGCCCAUUGGACCUUUUUUUCCCAGCCACCAAUGAUUCUUUGUAUCCUCGGUCAUUUCAAUAACCUUUGACACAUGUUCUUUGUCACUGUGCAACCAAAGUAUAGGUGGUCCAGUGUUUCUACUUGUGAAUCACAGAAAAUGCAUGAUUGGGAUACAUGAAUACCAAACUUCAGCAAUCUAUCCACUGUUGCAAGCCUUCUUUUAAUGGUCAGCCAUAAGAUGAACUUAUGCUAGGAAUGUAUGCUUUGUUGAAGUACAAUGCUCUUCCAUGCUACCUUUUGGUAUUGAGGCAUAGAGUUGAAGGGAUGGAAAGUUAUGGAAUGAAGCACAAAAUGAUCAAAAGGGGAGCAAGAAAGUACAAAUUAAGACCUGGAAUAGAAGGCCCUCAGUUACUGUGGUCGCGGUCUGUUGACCGCGAUCACAGUAGUCAAGCAGGGUCAAUACAUUGCGGUCGCAUUCAACUAUCGUGGUCGCAGAAGACGCGGGUGCAGCCAUGCUGGCGUGAUCCCGGCUUAGCGGAAGAGUUCAGCCCAGGGGUAAAAUUAGAAAUGAAUGUGGUUGAUCCCAAUUUUGGCCAAAAAGACCCAAACCCUUGAUUCUUGUAUCAUAUUCCAUCUUCCCUAAUUGUUGGUUUUGGUAGUUGAUAAGCCUCCAUUUUUGGAGAAAAAAAUAUUGUAUAAUUUUUGGGUGAAGAAUAUAUUGGAGAUUUUCUAAGUGGAAGAUUAUCUCACUUCCAUUGUUGAUUUGUAGA